AUGGCUGCCCAGGAUGAACUCAAUCAACUGGAACGCGUGUUCCUUCGCCUGGGCCAUGCAGAAACUGAUGACCAGCUUCAGGACAUCAUCUCCAAGUUUCUGCCACCUGUUCUUCUCAAACUCUCCAGUGUUCAGGAGGGGGUGCGAAAGAAGGUGAUGGAGUUGUUGGUUCACCUCAACAAGAGGAUUAAAAGCCGACCAAAGAUCCAGCUACCAGUGGAGACACUGCUGGUGCAGUACCAGGACCCUGCAGCUGCUUCUUUUGUUACAAAUUUCACCAUCAUCUAUAUUAAAAUGGGCUACCCUCGUCUAGAGGUGGCAAAACAAUGUGAGCUGGCCCCGACUCUCAUCACUGCCAUGGAAGGCAAACCACAGCCACAACAGGACAGCCUGAUGCACCUUCUGAUUCCCACUCUAUACCACAUGAAGUAUCCUGCAGACUCGUCCAAAGGCGUGUCUCCAUUCAAUUUAAUUGAAAGGCCAAAGAUGAUGCACCUUCUACUGGAGUUCAUGCUGGAUGUUUUGCUCAUGCCUUAUGGGUUUGUGCUGAAUGAGUCUCCCACUCGGCCUGCACCAUCCUCUUCCCAGGGAGGUUCCUCGGACGGGGCGGUCACUGGGAGCGGGCAGGGUCUUCCCCAGCCUCCCCCAGGGAUGAGUGUCUAUGCUGCAAAGAGGGUUAUUGGAGAAGCCCAGUGGAACGCCGAGCAGCUAGAGCAGUGUAAGCUGGGCAUAGUGAAGUUCAUUGAGGCCAAGCAGGUGCCAGAGGUGGAGACAGUGAUCCACUUGGCGGUGGCUUCAAGCGACACGAGACACAGUGUGGCUACUGCAGCUGAUCUGGAGCUGAGGAGCAAACAGAGCAUCAUUGACUGGAACAAUCCUCUAAUUAUCAACAAGAUGUUCAAGGUGUAUCUGGGAGAUGUCCCUCUUAAAACAAAGGGUGGAAAUGUCAAACAAGAGCUGAAACACGAUCCAGUGAGCACUAGAGUCAAACUAAAAAUCCUGCCACAUCUUCUACGCUCCCGGCUGGCAGCAGAGUGCUUCCCAGCAAACAUCCAGGUUGUUUAUGAUGGCUUGUUUGGGGCCAACACCAACAACAAACUGCUGUCUCUCACCUUACAGUUUGUCCAUCACAUCUGCAUGGUAUGCCCCAACACCAACAAGCCUUUAGGACUAAUGCUGCUCAAUGGUCUGACCAAACUUAUCAACGAAUAUAAGGAGGAUCCUAAGUUAUUAUGUGUUGCCUACUCUGCUGUCGGAAAGCUCUCAAGUCGCAUGCCUCAGCUUUUCACAAAGGAUAUUGCUCUUGUGCAGCAGUUUUUUGAGUCUAUGUGUAAGGAGGAGCCGGAUGUUCGCCUUGCCAUUCAGGAAGCUUUGUCAAUGAUGGUUGGAGCGUAUGCCAACCUGCAGGGGGCGCUACUGAAUCUGAUGGAAGCCCUGGUGGCUGCAUAUAUUUCAAAGCCGGAGGUACAAGUUCGCCAGGUGGCCAUGAAGUUUGCCAGCACGGUGUUUGCUCCUGACCACGUGCCAUCAAGGUACCUGCUGCUGCUGGCUGCUGGAGACCCACGAGAGGAAGUGUCUGCAGAGGCCCAAAGGGUGCUGAGGCCUUUUCCCACAAAAAGUUCGGAGAAGGAGGGACCGAAGCCAAUGCCGUCCUUUCCCGACAUGGUUGCCUACAUCCAGGAAAAAGCAGCUCAGAGGAUCAAAACCCCUGCAAAAUAUAUUGUUGGGGCCUCCACAAUUCCUUUUAACCCAUCUGCCUUUGGAGAGAUAAUGUUGUACCUGAGGAUGUGCCUGGCCCACAGUGCUGGCGCCAGGCCCAUGUCUACCCGCUUGUUGGACAUGCAGGACGAUGCUCCAGCCAUCGGUCGCUACAUCCACACCCUGCUCUCAGCUGAACCGCCAAAAGGCCUGGAGGGAAACCCUGUGCAUGUGUACAUGGAUCUACUGCAGCAGCUGCUCUCUGCUGUGGGAGGAAUCCCAGUCAUGUACUGCUUACUGGAAGUGGUGUCUGUGUGUCCAGAAAAACUCGCCCCCAGGUUUGCUGAUAAAAUAGACUGGAUUAAAAGUCUGAUGAACACCAAUAAGGAGGACAUGAGGGAACUUGCCGCCCAGCUGUAUGCUUUGGUGAUUUCCACCAUGACUGGCAACGAGCUGCAGACAGCCGUGCAGAAUCUGGUCAAAAUUACCAAAGACAACCAUAGUCCUGAGACUCAGCAUGGCGCCAUCUUGGCUCUCGGCUACAUGGUGGGAAGGAAUCUGAGCAGAAAGAAAGCCACUGCCUCCUGUGAGUUGACAGAAAACAAGGUGGAAGAGAUGAGCAUCACUUACCAAGAUGAUGACAAGCUAGUUUCCAUGGCUACUAAGACAAUUGGUUCCUUCCUGGACAGCGGCAGUGCCAUGUUGGCCGUAGCAGCCUGCACAGCUCUAGGAGAAAUUGGGCGGAAUGGCACCCUGCUGAUCCCUGCAGAGGGAGACGGCUUCACCAAACUCUCUGUCACAGAAAACCUGCUGGCUCGCAUCACUUCUGGCAAAGAGAGCGUAAAGAUGAAGGAGCGAUCCAUUACAACCUUGGGUUAUCUGCCAGUGGGAGACUCAGACUUUCCACACCAGAAGAAGCUGCUGCAGGGCCUCAUGGAUUCGGUGGAGGCCAAGCAGGUGGAGCUACAGUUCACAGUUGGAGAGGCCAUUACUAGUGCUGCUAUAGGAACCAGUUCUGGAGCCGCUAGAGAUCCGUGGACCUGCACUGAGGACCAGUACAGCCCGCCACACAAUGUUAAAAACAACGAUGUGGUUCGCUGGGUCCUCAACUCCAUCCUGUCCAGAUACAUUCCCAGCCAGAACCCUCAUGUGCGGCAGGCGGCCUGCAUCUGGCUGCUCUCCCUGGUCAAAAAACUCAGCCAGCACAAGGAAAUUACUUCUCAUUUGAAAGAGAUUCAAAUAGCCUUCAUCUCCGUUCUCUCAGAUCCGGAUGAGCUCAGUCAGGAUGUGGCAUCUAAAGGCCUGGGGCUCGUUUAUGAGAUGGGUGGGGAAGCUGAUCAGCAGGAACUGGUGUCUACAUUGGUGGAAACACUCAUGACUGGAAAAAGGGUGAAACAUGCAGUCUCAGAGGAUACCGAGGUGUUUCAGGGGGAGGAUUUGGGAAAAACGCCUGAUGGUCAAAGCUUGUCGACAUACAAGGAGCUCUGCUCACUGGCCAGUGACCUGAACCAACCAGAUCUGGUCUAUAAGUUCAUGAACCUGGCAAACCACCAUGCCAUGUGGAACUCACGCAAGGGAGCAGCUUUUGGUUUCCACAUGAUCGCUACCAAGGCUGGGGAGCAGCUGGCUCCAUUCCUGCCACAGUUAGUGCCUCGUUUGUACCGCUACCAGUUUGACCCAAACCUGAGCAUUCGCCAGGCUAUGACCAGCAUCUGGGAUGCCUUAGUCACCGAUAAAACCCUGGUGGACAAGUACCUGAAGGAAAUCCUGCAGGAUGUCAUCUCUAACCUGACCAACAACACCUGGAGAGUGCGUGAGUCCAGCUGCCUGGCCCUCAACGACUUGAUCCGUGGCCGUCAGGCCGAUGACCUCAUUGAUCACCUGGCAGAGAUGUGGGAGACGUUGUUCAGAGUCCUGGAUGACAUCAAGGAGUCUGUGCGAAAGGCUGCAGACUUAGCAUUGAAAACGCUCAGUAAGGUGUGUGUUCGUAUGUGUGAGUCUACUGGCUCUGCAGCCCAGAAAACUGUGGCCGUGAUGUUACCCACUCUGCUGGAAAAAGGCAUCGUUAGCAACGUCUCCGAGGUUCGCUCUCUCAGUAUUCAGACCCUGGUGAAGAUCAGUAAGACUGCUGGCGCCCGAUUAAAGCCUCACGCUGCUCGGCUGAUUCCAGCUCUGCUGGAAGCCCUCAGCACCCUGGAGCCUCAGGUCCUCAACUACCUCAGCCUCAGAGCCACUGAGCAGGAAAAGAGUGCCAUGGAUGCUGCAAGGCUCAGUGCUGCCAAGUCUUCUCCAAUGAUGGAGACUGUUAACAUGUGUCUGCAGCAUCUGGAUGUUUCUGUGCUGGGAGAGCUGGUUCCCAGACUCUGUGAGCUGCUGAAGAGCGGAGUGGGCCUGGGCACAAAGGGAGGCUGCGCCAGUGUAAUUGUGUCCCUGACGGUACAGUGUCCUCAGGACCUAACCCCAUACUCAGGUAAACUGAUGAGUGCCUUGCUCAAUGGCAUUCAUGACAGAAGCACCGUUGUACAGAAAGCCUUCGCCUUUGCUUUGGGACACCUUGUCAGGUCAGCAAAGGACAGCAGCGUAGAAAAACUACUACUGAAGCUCAGCAACUGGUACUUGGAGAAAGAAGAACCUGUUUACAAGUCCUCGUGUGCGCUAACGGUACAUGCCAUCAGCCACUAUAGUCCAGAUGUGCUGAAGGCCCACGCGGGCGUGGCCCUGCCCCUGGCCUUCCUGGGCAUGCAUCAGGCGCCGGGUCCUGAUGAGGAGAAAGGAGAGAGUCACGAUGCCACCCUGUGGUCGGAGGUGUGGCAGGAGAACGUUCCAGGAAGCUUCGGGGGCAUCAGGCUUUACAUGACAGAGCUGAUCACCAUCACACAGAAAGCCCUGCAGUCUCAGUCCUGGAAGAUGAAGGCUCAGGGUGCAGCUGCCAUGGCAACUGUUGCUAAGGAACAGACGGGAUCAUUGGUGGCACCGCACCUCGGUUUGGUGCUGACAGCCUUGAUGCAGGGACUCUCUGGGCGAACUUGGGCUGGCAAGGAGGAGCUGUUGAAAGCCAUCGGGUCAGUGGUGUCCAAGUGCAGCGCGGAGCUGCAAAAGCCGUGCAGCGGCCAACCCAGCAUCCCAGAGAUCCUGGAUGUCGUGUUUAAAGAAUGCCGCAAGGAGAAUCUGGUUUACAAAAUGGCCGCUCUGCGCUGUGCCGCAGAUGUUCUCCACAGCAGCCAGGAAGACCGCUUCACUGACAUGGCUGAAAUCCUUUUCCCUCUGAUCAAGAAGAGCUGUCCAGAGAGCGGUGGCGCCUCUCCCAGGUCAAUGGAUGAUGAUGAUGAUGAUGAUGAUGACAAAGAUAUGAAAGAUAAGGAGCUGCACACUGAAGCUAUACUCUGUGCUUUUGAGACACUUGGGAAGACCUGGCCCAGAAACCCACAAACUCAAGCAAGUUUCCAGACAGAUUUGUGCACUCUGAUGUGUGGGAAGCUUAAGCUGAGCACAUGGAAGGUGCAGCUGGCUGUUCUUCAGGCCAUGAAGGCGUAUUUUCAGGGCUUGUUGCUGCUUGAGAAGGGUAAUGAAGACAUGAAUGCACUAUCGCAGAUCCUCACUGAGGCCUGCACUGCUCUUACUUAUUCUUUAGAAAAUAAAAGCUACUCCUCUGUGCGGACAGAGGCCUUGUCUGUGGUGGAUCUGAUCGUUAAGAGAACAGGAGAGAGUGAGCAGUGGGACUGCAUGCCUGUGAGGAGCCGGGAGCAGCUGCAGCGCUCCCUGUCGACGCUGCAGUCCGACAGCCGGCCCGAGCUGAGGGACAAGGCGCAGGAGCUGCGCAGACGCAUCCAAAGCCAGCCCUGAGCGAGCGCGGAGAAACUGACCUGCCCAUUAACUUGUUAAUCAGCAACACAAACCAUCCAUUAGCACAUAUCUAUCUGAUUGAACUCCGUAAUACAUCUGUGUUGUUUUAAUUUACUCCAAGAAUCCAUGUAGUCUGUGACGGUGCUCUGGGUGAACAUGUCAGGGUGCAAGGCUCCGACGUUGAUGUGUGAAGUUUGGUAACUGGGCCGUGAGACGAUGAGAAAUGCUUUAUAAGCCAGUGUGUUGACUUUGUGGACACUGUAUAGUUCUAGCCCCAAAAUGGGGAUUUUACUACUGUUGUGAGUUUGUCUUAAUAAUGAAUUUACUUCUCUAAACAUCAGCAAUAGGAAUACUGACAAGACUUCACUGCUGUUAAAUUGUGAAGAAUUGUGUUUUUCAUAAAGUGCUGAAAAUAUGUGCCAGAUGACUGAGAUGUCAGCCUGAUUUAAAGCCUGAAAAUAAGAGUGAGCCUGCUGUUGACUUAAAGUGAUGCUGUGGUUGUUUCAGUUUAUCCUUCAUGAAAUAAAACUUUGGACCACUGA